AAAUAAAGAAAAAGAGAAAAGAAAAUGUACAUUUCAAAAAUGUUUAUUUGAAUGAAAAAUAUUAAUAACGAUUAAAAUAAACAAUUAAAUCUGGUGCAAUACAAUAAUAGUAAUAUCGGUAGUUUCCAACAUCAAAUAUUUUAGUGCAGGAACCAAAGAAAUAAAUCUAUGUAAUGAGGAUUUCACCCUUCGAAUCUACUUAACUAAAUCCCGAAUAGAGAAUAGCCAAAAACAACUCAAUCUAAAAGUUCACCUAAAGAUAUUUUUAUCAUAGAAAUGAACAAAUCGAGAAAAUACUAAAGUAACAAACGCAAUGCUGGAAACAUUUCAAAUGUUCUUAUUUCUUUUUAAAUCCAAGUACAGGCGAAAAUACACACAAAUAUUCCUGUUUACUGUUAUUUUAUAUGUUAGUUUAUUAAUUCAAAGUGUUAUGGGCAAGUGUUCGGACAAUGGCCAGUGUGGGGACAAUGGGGUCUGUAAAAAUGAAACUUGUGUUUGCUACGAAGGAUGGCAAGGACCUCAAUGUCAGUUUUGUGGAGGCAAAGUUCGUAUGGGAUCAAAUAUUGGCACAAUCCACGACGGACCCGGAAAUUACUCUCUAUCUUCAAAGUGUAGUUGGCUCAUUGAUGCCCCGCAUCAAACCAUAACUCUGCAUUUUGAAGAAUUUGCCACUGAAUGCGGAUGGGAUCAUCUUUAUGUGUUUGAUGGAGACUCGGUUAAUUCUCCAUUGCUGGCUGUGUUCAGUGGGUUGAUGUAUAAAAAUGAUUAUAGUGUUAGAAGGAUACCAGAAGUUACAGCAACCUCGGGAGCAGCAUUGGUUCAUUUUUUCAGUGACGAUGCAUAUAAUAUGUCGGGGUUUAAUAUUACUUACAGGCUGAAUGCUUGCCCUUCUGUGAUUUCUGGGAAAAACUGCUCUGGGAACGGUGUUUGUAUUGAUGGUACUUGCACUUGUGAUGGAGGCUGGGAUGGUGGUGCUUGCCAUUUGAGAAAAUGUCCAGACGAUUGUGGAGUUCAGGAGAAUAGGGGAGUCUGUGAACCAGAGAGAGGAUGUCACUGUUUUGGUGAAUAUAAAGGAGAUGACUGCAGCCAGCUCUCUAGUAGAGGUUAUUGGGAAAUAGUGAAUAUUCCAAGUUUUGUUCCAAAUGGAUCAGCCUCUCAUUCUGCAGUAGUUUGGAAAGACUCCAUGUACAUUAUUGCCGGUGAAAGAUACGAUGGUUAUUAUAGAGAAUUAAAUAUUCCUUUAAUGUAUAUUUAUGAUUUUAAUGGAAAUGUUUGGGAAACUCCGCACAUUAAUGAAGGUCCGCUGAUGCGCUAUGGGCAUUCGACAGUGUUGUAUGGUGACAAAAUAUUUCUAUAUGGCGGUGUGGUUGGCAAUAGGGGUACUACCUCUGAGCUUUGGGCAUACGAUAUAAGUGCAAAAAUUUGGGAAAACAUAACAGUCAAAGCUGAUUCGUGUAACAUCAGUUUCUUAAUGUGCGGCCCUUUAAAAUCUACCGGACACACUGCGACGAUUGUAAAUAACAAUACAAAUAAAAAAGCCGAUAAAAUGGUGAUUAUUUUUGGACAUUCUCCGCAAUUUGGGUAUUUGAACACAGUUCAAGAGUAUUAUUUUGGUACCAGAGAAUGGCAUAUAGUUAGUACAAAUGGUUAUCCUGUGAAAGGUGGUUAUGGCCAUUCAGCAGCCUGGGAUCCGCUAACAGGCAAAAUAUAUGUGUUUGGCGGUGUAGUUUCUGAAAGUGAGUCAGCACAACAUUUAAAUAAAAAUUUGUAUUCCUUUGAGCCCAAUGAUAGGGUUUGGACUUUAUUGGCUGAUGCUCCUUCCGCAAGGUUUCUCCACACAGCAACUUUUAUUUCUGGCGGUUUGAUGCUGGUUUUUGGAGGAAAUACACACAACGACACAUCACAUAGUUUUGGAGCUAAAUGUUACAGUGCACAAUUGCUCACCUAUGACGUUCUGUGCGACUGUUGGACCGUUAUGCCCAUUAAAAAGGAUUUACACGCUGAUCUGGCUCGGUUUGGACAUUCGGCUGUUAUAUUUGAAGAUUCACUAUAUAUUUAUGGCGGGUUUGAUGGGCAAAUGCUCAACGACAUGUUAAAAUUUACUCCUGGUGAUUGCCAAUAUUUCAAUAGUUCUAAUAAUUGCCUGAGUGCAAGGCCUGGUAGGAAAUGCCUAUGGGAUAUAAAAAAUUUGAAGUGUCUUCCUGCAAUGCGUGUUCCUAAGGAAGUGCUCAGGGAAGACAGCCCCUUUCUUAAAUGCCCUGAGAAAAAUAGGAGCAGCAUUCAACAGGCGAUUGUUGCUAAUACUGAAAAAUGUCAUAGAAUGGAAGACUGUGUAAGUUGUGUUUAUACUACUGCGGAAUGCGUUUGGUGCAAUGGAGUUUGUAUGCACCAUAAACGAUGCCGGACAAAUUCAACUGGUGCUAAUUUCACUGAAACCGCCCUAGGUUUUUAUGGAAGAAACGAUUUGUGCCCCUCCGAUCCUAAACCGAUAUGUCGUCAACUUCAUACUUGUACUGCUUGCACAUACCAACCAUCUUGCAGAUGGCGAUUUGAACACGCCAAAUGUGUAACUUUUCCUCACUUGAAUGCUUCAUUAGAGGCCAACGAGCCUACACAAUGUCAAAAAGUGUGCACCGAAUUUACCUCUUGCUUGAAUUGCACGCAGGAGGAGUGUAUAUGGUGCCAAAACGAGGGAAGAUGCGUCGAUAAGAAUGCAUAUACUUCAAGUUUUCCAUAUGGCCAGUGCAGAGAAUGGACAACCAUGAGCUCUAAAUGUCGAACUAAAGGAUCUGAAGAGAGUAGUUCUCAAUGCAGUUUUUACAAAACUUGUCCAAAGUGCAGAGAUGAUCCUGCGUGUGGUUGGUGCGACGAUGGUUCAAAGACAGGGCUGGGAAUUUGUAUGCCUGGAGGAUAUGCUGGUCCAACUUUACACAUUCAUUCAUUGUCCCGCGAUAUUUGUCCUGUGGAACGUUGGCACUUCACCACGUGUCCCCUAUGCCAAUGCAACGGGCAUGCUCAUUGUAAAGGCAAUUCUAGUUUAUGUGAUACAUGCCAGAAUUUGACAACUGGCCAACAUUGUGAGCAAUGUAAAACUGGUUACUGGGGUAGUCCGGUGAACGGAGGUAAAUGUCAGAAGUGUGAGUGCCGUGGUCAUGCUGAUGACUGCCAUAGGGAAUCUGGUAAAUGUCAUUGUAGAACUAAAGGUCUUAUAGGAGAUCAGUGCGAAAAAUGUGAUAUAGCCAAUCAUUACAGACCGGAUAUUUGGAGCAACAGCUCAUGUUAUUACGAUUUAACAAUCGAUUAUCAGUUUACGUUUAAUUUAUCAAAAAAAGAAGAUAGACACUUUAGGCAGAUAAAUUUUAGAAAUUCCCCUCAAAAAGCUGAUAUAGAUGUAGAUUUUUCUGUGAUUUGUUCGGAAUUAGCUAAAAUGAAUAUUACUAUUAGGAGAUUUAGUAAUGGCGAGGAGAAGCCUAUUUUUUCCGUCCUAAAUUGUACAACUUUUCGGCAUCGAUUUGGUAAAGCCGAUUAUUCCUUUGGCUAUGAAAAUAAUGUAACCCUCACCACAUUCUAUGUGUACGUUUACGAUUUUCAGCCACCCUUAUUGAUUCAAAUAUCAUUUUCUCAAUACCCCAAACUAAAUCUCCAGCAAUUUUUCAUCACAUUUUCGUCGUGUUUUUUGCUGUUACUUCUAGUCGCCGCAGUUUUGUGGAAAAUAAAGCAACGCUAUGACAUGUUCCGACGACGUCAAAGGCUAUUUGUUGAAAUGGAACAAAUGGCCUCUAGACCAUUUUCUCAAGUUUUAGUAGAGAUGGAUAGACAAAAAUCUGUAGAUAUACCGGCGGAUCUCUCUAAAAGAGAUAGAAAGAAAAAAGACGCUCCAAGCCCUAUAGCUCUAGAGCCCUGUGAUGGUAGCAGAGCCGCCGUUUUGAGCCUAUUAGUGAGAUUACCAACAGGAGGUGAUUCAUAUACCAUCAAAGGCCAGUCUUCAGGUUUGUCCAUAGCCAGUGCGCUAGUCACUUUAGGUAAUCCGAGAAGGUUGAGCCUGGAUCACAUGAAAACUGAAACGAAACUCGGUAAAAAUCGUAAAGGUCAGAGUCAGCAUCCGGAAAAUUGUAUUUAAUGUAAAAUUAUUGGUACCUAUCCAGUACUAACUAUACAUAUUAUUCCAAACUUAAUGGCUAAAAAUUUAUUUAUGUGAUCGCACUGAUUCAAUUUUUUUAGAUUUCUGUUAUUUAUUGUAACUUUUUUUUUUAAUUAAAAAUAGAUAUUUAAUGAUAUUAUUUACUGAA